AUGUUGUUGCAUCAUGCAAAUGGCCUCCAGGCCGCUAUGAACAUCAAUCGGUUGAUGCUCUUCCAUGGUCCUCCGGGGUGCGGCAAAUCAACACUUUGUCGCGCACUUGCCCACAAGUUGGUCAUUAGGCUCGGUCGAACGUUCAGAAGCGGUAAACUGUUCGAGAUCAACACACAAGACCUCCUAAGCAAGUUCUACAGCGAGAGCGGCAAGCUGGUUUCAGACAUGUUUGAUAAGAUACUCAGGAUUGCACAGGAUGAAAAGGAGCUCGUCUGCGUUCUCAUUGACGAGAUUGAGAGCAUAGCCGCCUCACGUCAGGCAUCGACCAGGAACGGCGAAUGCGCGGAUACCGUUCGUGCGACCAAUCAGCUUCUUACUGCCCUCGACCGUAUUCGAUGCAAGCCAAACAUUGUCGUCUUCUGCACUAGCAAUCUUCUCGAGUCUAUUGACACGGCCUUCCUCGAUCGUUUAUACGAUGCCAUCCCCGUCCCACCUCCCUGCGCAAGCGCCGUCUACACUAUCCUGAGCAACAUCCUCAACUCUUUGAUCGACGCUGGAGCAAUCACCUACAAACUCGAAACCCAGACUCCCGAGGAAGAUUCAGACUUCGUCCCCAUUAAUGCUAUGAUCGAAGGGCAAACACGCCUACCAGACCACGGACAACUGCUCCUCCUGCAGGCCACAUAUCCAAACACCCCCGGCCCCCUUCUCAAAGCCGUGGCCGACACCUGCGCGGGCUUCAGCGGAAGGAAGCUGUCGAAGCUCCCAUUUUUGGCAAUCACAAAGUACACUCGCCGACAGUGUAACAUCUUUGACGCAAUCAAGGCUCUUGGGAUCGCCAUCAAGCAGGAAUUGGUGCAUUGA